AUGUCCUUCAAUCACCCUUCGCUCGACGACCAUCAGGGUCACAUCCAAGAACAUGACCAUGUCAACAACAACCACACUGCGCUCUCCUAUCCCCAACAAGAUGAUCGCUUGCUGACAAGCUACACCUUCCGCGACUUUGUGACUCCAAACGAGCAUGCUACUAUCCCUGUCGUCGGCACGUCGAAGGCUCUGGAGUCCCUCGACCACACCCUGUCCUCCCCUGGUGUCUUUGCGCGUUGCGCCCCUCGACCUCACGCGUUCUCGGCCUACACACCUUUGGCCAUUGCUCUCAGCGCUAUCUGUGUCAAAGUUGGCCUGGCCCCUGUCACUGAGCGCAACUUGGCCCAGCUCCAUCGUACUCCUUGGUUCAUCGAUUUUGCAAAGGCUGCCGUUAAACGUCACAAUGCCGAACACAUGAUCAAUCUCAACUUGAGCAACUUGAGCUCUGACUCCAUCUUGAGCGAGGACCACAUGGUAAUUCUCGCCGAAGCAUUCGCUGCAUCAUCAAACCUCUCCAACAUUGAGCUUGGCAUCGUGGCCAUCACCAAGAAAGGGGUCAAGGCAUUCCACUACCCCUGGUCUGCUACUUGUACUGCCCUGACCGCAUGGAUUGUGGCAGAUCUGCGCACAAACGUUCCUGCUUACUUCGGAAUUGGACAUGAUGUUGCUGAGCAGCAGGAGAGCAGCAACAAUGAGCAUGUUGCCGAAGAAGAAGAGGAGGAGGACGCCGCCGACGACGACGAGGAUCAGCAGGCUCCCACAACUACUCCGCGCAAGACUGCUGCUCGCGUGCUCCUCCAACAAGUUCCCCUCCCCGCCGGUCUCACCGCUAAAAACAUUCUGGAGCAGCACACUCAAAACCUCCAGUACAACAACAUACUGAAGGUCGGUCUUCAAUACAGCAACCAGGAGAUCGCAAAGAAGGUCGCCGAUGAUGCCGUGGCAAACAACAAGAAAUCCUCAGCCAGCUCCAGCGGCAUUGUGAAGAGAAUCAACACUGCCAUCGACUUCCUCGAGAAGGAGUUCGAGAUUGAUAUUGGUGCCUUCCGCACUGCUUACGAUACCGCACGCAAGGACAACGGUAUCCCGAUCCGCGGCAAGGACGGGGUCGAUGAUCAGACUCUCACUGCCAAUGGUUCCAAGAUCCGCGAUGCUAUGGCAUGGAUCAAGGCUGGCGGNCCCCGUCCUGCUGUCGCGAUCGCCCCNGCUCCUGCCCCUAUUCCCUCUGGUUAUGCCCCUGCUUCGUCAACUCCAAGCGCCACCCAGGGCUCUGUCCGAGGCUACAACAACAACAACAGCAUCCCACAGCUCGAUGGCACUAUGGACGAAGCUGAGGAUACCCACAUCUACGAUCCAUUCCAACCUCAGGCCAAUGGGUUCAAGCCACAACACGACAACGAUCAGCCUGACUGGGACUGGGUUAACUUCAAUGCAGCCCUUUCAACUUCGAUGAUAACUCCACCUGAACCGAAUCCCCAUCCGUCCCCUGACAUACCUCAAACCUCCCUCUCCUAG